AAAAAAAUCAAUUUAGAACGUAAUUUAUGAAAUUCGUGGGAGAAAAUCGAGAAAGCUCCCGGAGAGAGAUACAAGAGUUGAGGACCUAGAUCAUUAGAUCAGAUAAUCAUAUAUCUAGUCCGAUCUUUCUUCAACAUCCUCGAAAUAAUCUUUCUGAAAUAUUCUGUGAUUCAAUUUUCUUAUUCAGUUUCUUCCAAUUUCAAUGGAGAACCACAACGCGAAAUUGGUCCCUAACGGUGGACUCAAACCUAACCCCAGCAACAACCUUAGCGAACAAGAACAAGAAGAGAACCCUACUCUUAAUCGUUGCGGAGAAGAAGAAGAAGAAGAAGUAACUACGCAAUUGGCGGAGCCUCCUUCACCUAAUGCCCCGCAGUCCUCAAGAACUCCCUUCACUAAUCUCAGUCAGGUCGAUGCUGACCUUGCUCUUGCUCGAACUCUCCAAGAACAGGAAAGGGCAUACAUGAUGCUGCGGAUGAACAAUGAAGGGAGUGAUUAUGGCAGUUGGGAAGCUGGAAGUUAUGUGCAUGAUGAUGAGGAUGAUUUUCAUGAUGAUACUGACGGAAAUGAUGAUGAUGAGCAAUAUGAUGGGACUGAUGCUGACAAUGAUGAAGAAGAUGCAUUUGAUGUGCACGCUCAUGAUGAUGCUGGAGACGAUCAUAACCCCAGUGUUGUAUAUGACCCUACUGUUUUUUCAAGUGAUGAGGCGUAUGCAAGAGCCCUGCAGGAUGCUGAAGAUAGAGAUAUGGCAGCUAGACUGAUGGCCCUUGCAAUUGAUGACCGUGAAGCUGAGGACACUGAGGAUCAGGGAGGUAACUCUCAGGAUGCAUGGGAGGAGGUUGACCCAGAUGAGCUUUCGUAUGAGGAGUUACUUGCAUUGGGUGAAGUUGUUGGAACAGAGAGCAGAGGGCUUUCUGCUGAUACAAUUGCUUCAUUGCCUUCAGUAAGCUACAAGAUGGGGAGCGAUCAGAAUGGAAGCAAUGAGUCGUGUGUCAUUUGUCGGUUAGAUUAUGAGGAUGGUGAAAACUUGACAGUACUUUCUUGCAAACACUCUUAUCAUUCUGAUUGCAUAAAUAAUUGGUUGACAAUAAACAAGGUCUGCCCAGUUUGCAGUGCUGAAGUCUCCACAUCUGGAAACAGCUAGCAAAAUUUGUGGCCAAUGUGCACAGCAAGGGUUAUGAUAGCCUUUGCAUGGUUAUUCAUAUUGUAUCUCAUCUAUUGUAUCUCAUAUUGUUCUUUCUGACCAUUGAGAAAUUUGUAUUAUAUGGGCUCCUGAGUUUUGGAAUGAGAAACAUGAGGGCCAGGUCAUGCUCCUGAUACAACAUGAUCAUUAUUUUCUCAUUUUACUGAAAUUUGCAAGAAUUUUCUUCUUUACU